AUGCCAAACUCAAAGCAAAACAAGGACAUCCCAGCAUGUUUCACAGACACCCAUGGCAUAGUCACGUCAACGAUGAACGAUCUCCCGGGAUACAAGAUCAAAAGCGUACUCGGUACCAUCUACGGGAUUACCGUGCGGACUCGCAACUGGGGCGCCGAUCUAGGUGCAGUGGUCCGUUCAGCCGUGGGAGGAGAGAUUCGGUUCUUCACAAACUUGAUGUAUACUUCUCGAGAGGAGGCUAUGGAGCGAUUGGUAGGCGAAUGUAUGAGUCGAGGAGGGAAUGCUAUUAUCGCGGUUAGAUUCGAUGUUGCGAGUUUUGGAGCUUGUUCGCAAAUUUGUGCCUAUGGCACUGCUUGUGUAGUUGAGAAGAUUGAGGACGAGCAAGUAGUAGUCAGUUAA